GCCCAGCCGCCCAGGGCAGCCACCCACAUGCCAUCCUUCCCCCAUACAUAGACCUCAAACCCCUCCCUCCAAGACAGCCUCAAAAAAAUCUCGAGCACGUACAGCAGUCCACUUCUAGAGAGAGAGAGAAAAGAAGGCAGGGAAAAAAAGGGAACAAUAACUCGAUAGGGGAAUUAAAGGGAGAGACAGAAGUGAAGAGGGGAGAGAAGGGAAGUGGUCACAGACAGAAGAGAUCAAAAGAGAUCGGGAGAUGCAGCUCAAGUUUGGAGCCCAAGAGCAGCUGCAGCAGGAGCAGAGCCAAGAAAGCAGUAGCAACCGCUUCCACUACUCCUCCCCCUGACUCACUGAGGCUGUGGCUGAAGCUGAGGAGAGCAAAUUAAAGCAAAGCAAACUCCCUGCCGGUCUCUCUCCCCACAUCUGAUCUCUCCUCCUGAUCUCUCUGAUUCGGCAGCUCCAGCAACCUAGCUAGCAGCAAUUAGAAGAGAAGCAAGCAAGGGAGGAGGAGGUCGAGCAAGAGACGCCGGCGUCCGGCCAUGGAGGAAACCCUCAAGUCGCUGUCCAUGGACUACCUCAACUUGCUCAUCAACGGGCGGGCUUUCAGCGACGUCACGUUCAACGUGGAGGGCCGCCUCGUGCACGCGCACCGCUGCAUCCUCGCCGCGCGCAGCCUCUUCUUCCGCAAGUUCUUCUGCGGCGCCGCCCCCGCCGCCGACCAGGCCGCGCCCGCGCCCGGCGCUCUGCUCCUGGAACACCUCAGCCCGCGCUCCCCCUCCGGGGCUUCCGCGUCCUCCCCGCGCGGCGCCGUUGGCUCCGCGGCCACCGCGGCAGCUGCGCCCGGCGCCGUGAUACCGGUGAACUCGGUGAGCUACGAAGUGUUCCUGCUGCUGCUGCAGUUCCUGUACAGCGGGCAGGUGUCCCUGGUGCCGCAGAAGGGGGAACCCCGGCCAAGCUGCGGCGAGCGAGGCUGCUGGCACACCCACUGCGCCGCCGCAGUGGACCUCGCGCUCGACACCCUCGCUGCCGCCCGCUCCUUCGGUGUCGAGGAGCUCGCCCUCCUCACCCAGAAGCAGCUGGCGGGGAUGGUGGAGAAGGCGUCGAUCGAGGAUGUGAUGAAGGUGCUCAUGGCGUCGCGGAAGCAGGAACUGCACCAGCUCUGGACCACGUGCUCCCACCUCGUCGCUAAGUCGGGCCUCCCGCCGGAGGUCCUCGCCAAGCACCUGCCCAUCGACGUCGUCGCCAAGAUCGACGAGCUCCGCCUCAAGUCCUCGAUGUCCCGCCGUUCCCCGUUCCUCGCGCAUCACCACCCGCACCACCCUGCCGGCAUCGAGGCCUCGUCCGCGGUCGAGCUCGACGACCACCACAAGAUCCGCCGCAUGCGCCGCGCACUCGACUCGUCCGACGUGGAGCUCGUCAAGCUCAUGGUCAUGGGCGAGGGGCUCAACCUCGACGAGGCGCUCGCGCUGCACUACGCCGUGGAGAACUGCAGUCGGGAGGUCGUCAAGGCGCUGCUGGAGCUCGGCGCCGCCGACGUCAACCACCCGGCGGGGCCCGCCGGGAAGACGCCGCUGCACGUCGCGGCCGAGAUGGUGUGCCCCGACAUGGUUGCCGUGCUGCUCGACCACCACGCCGACCCCAACGUGCGCACCGUCGACGGCGUCACGCCGCUCGACAUCCUCCGCACGCUCACCUCCGACUUCCUUUUCAAGGGCGCCGUGCCGGGCCUCGCGCACAUCGAACCUAACAAGCUCCGGCUCUGCCUCGAGCUCGUGCAGUCGGCGGCCAUGGUCAUGUCCCGCGAGGACGCGCACAAUGCGGCAGCGGCGGUCAAUGCCGCGCCGAUGUACAGUGAUCCUCCUGGUGGCGCCGGCCCCGUGUACAAUGCCAGUGGCACGAACACGAGCAUGGUGAAUCUGAGCUUGGACAACAGAAUGGUGUAUCUGAACCUAGGGAUGGACGCGCAGUUCGGCAAGAUGAGCGACGGCAGCGAUGGCGAUGACGGUGGGAGCAGAGGGCAAGGAGGCCCCUCUUCGUUGUUCUCCCCGCACGGCUUCCAUUGACAAGGGGCUGCUGCUGCUCUUCUAUCUCCUUGUAAGCUUAGAACUAAUUAAUUACAUGUUAUUCAUAUCCACAUUACAGGAGAUGAGAAUGGUGAGAAUCCUUUUGCCCUAUCAACUUCUGACUCUUAGUAGAGAGAGAGAGAUCAUGCAAAUGAUGCAUCACAAGAUUAUCGAUUUUGGUUAUUUAAUCUAGUAGUGUCUAGUUUUUUAUUGGUUUUUAUUGGUGGGGGUGUUGUCUUGGUAAUUCUGGGAGGUGAUUAAGAGGUGAAGCUGUUUUUUGUCGGUGGGUCAUGUGCAUUGAUGCUUUGAAACAGGCAUAGACAAGAAAGCUACAACUUGACUUUCACAGUA